CUCAGCUCCUCUCUCUUCAUUUUCAUGUUUCUCUCUCUAAAACAUUUCUCCUCUCUUUCGCUUUCCGAUUUCAGACCUAAUUCGCUAGGGCACGCGGCGGUUUCCGGCGCCAAUUUCUCCGGCGCAGCUGCGGAAUCGCUUCGAGGAAACGGUGGAGAUUGUUCUAAUUCGGAGAGGAAGCCGAUUGUUUCGGAGUGAUUUGUGGAGAAAUUUAUCUAAUCUCGGAUUUUCAUCUGAUUUCGCGAUCCGAGGAAAAGGUUUAUGUUAUUGAAAUGGAUAUUGUUGUAUUGGGAGAAAGUCCAGGGAACAGUGGUUUUGCAGAUUCUACAUCGAAAGUAGGAUCAUUUGUUCAGAUUAGCUCAAUAGCUAUUGACAUUAGUAGUUCCAUGGAAGCGAUCGAGCCACCAGAACAUGAGCAUUUUUCUAUACGUGGUUUUGUUGCUGGGAUGAGAAAAAAGGAUUGGAAGACAUGUUUUCCGUUUGCUUCUCAAGGCAAAGACAUUGAUCCAGUGAAAUAUUUGCCUCCUCUAUUUGUUCCUGAAUUUCGAUGGUGGCAGUGUUCGAGCUGCAUUCCAAAUGUUGAAAUGAAGAGAACAACAGAAGAAGUGGCAACCAAAAGUGAUUCCAAUAUAAGUUCUUGUGAGAAUGUUGGAGCAAAGGAUGGCUUGUCCACACUCAGGAUAGACAACACAGAUAUGGUAUGUCUUGCUGACCACCCUUCGUGCCCAGUUGAAGAGCCAGAUAACACAUCAUCGGGAAGCGAUGGUACUUUCAGUGUACUGCCACAUAGGAGAAAGCCAAAGCUACGAUCUUUGGCUGAUAUAUUGGUGGAGAAAAGGAAUCAAACUAGCAGUAUUCCAAGGACAAGAUCUGCCUCAUCAGGUGGAGUGCAGAUUGCAUCUACUAAGAUGGAAGCAGUUUUAGUUCCUCAGCUUCAGGUAGACAUCCCUGCUGGUGUUGCAGAAGCUGCUCAAUGUCCUGGGAGGAAAAGAAAGAUCGUUCUUGAAGAAGACAGAGAGCCUCUAGCAGCAACCUUUCCAAGGGCUUUCGCUAAGAGAACUAAGGGCCCUGUGCUUGACGCGGAGAAAAAUUCUAGGCGAGUCGAAAUUACUGAUACCGUAACUAAAGUGGUUGAUUCUAUGAGAUUGGAUUCUCCAAGGACUCAGCAGGUCCAGCCCAAAAAGGUUAAAUCUAUUGAUGCCAACAAAAAGAUAAGGAACAUCCGUAGAGAGGAUGAAAUGGCCCAAAUGGGAGAGUAUAUCCAGCCAAAUAAAAUAUCCUCUCCAAAUUUACAGGAACAAGUGGUUCCUGUGGAGACAAAUCUAGGAGGUGCUCCUUCCAUGGCUAAGACACUGGAAGUUGGAACAGAUGGCGACCCUUUAUUGCCUCCCAGAAAAAGCAUCUUCGGUAAUUGCAAUAUCGGAGGAACCAUGGCAUUCGGCCUUUCACUCAAUAGUUCUGUGGAUGAUGUAGGUAAUCACGAUAACCACGCAUCUGUCAGGGAACAUAGGUUCAUUCCUGAUCUUAAUGUUGAAUUUCCGGAGAAGGAUGCUAUGGAAGAAGAGCAACAAUCCACUAUUCUUUACGAGGAAAGGCAUUUGCCCCAGCAAAAAACUUUGGAUGCCCCUGCCUCCUGCAGUUAUGAGACUGUUAGACAAGGCAAGCGAAUAUCUGAGUCGAGAAACAAGGAUAACAACGCAGAACUUGGACCAUCAGAUGACAUACCGAUAGAAAUAGUCGAACUGUUGGCCAGAAACCAACAUGAAAGAGAACUUGAAUAUUCGAGGAGACAUCUGCUGGGAAUCAAUGAUACAACGAAAGGAUAUUCUUCUGCAGUUGCUGUGGAUGGCAUGGCCCGUUUUCCUCAUCCCAGCAGAAUAAAUGGUUUAAAAGUGGCAAAUGAAAACAUGGGUGUCCAACCAAAUAAAUCCUGGAUGGAUACGAGCAAACCAGAGAAAAGUCACUUUAGACUCUUGAGUUCAUCUACUCCAAGCCAACUGAGGAAACCGGAAUAUCCCACAUCAGCUUCUAUAAUGGCGGGACCAAAGCCUCUUACAUGGGAAGAUAUGCUGUAUUCCCGUGCCACAGAUAAUGUACCUUUUCGUCUCAGCAAUCCCCCCAUUCAGCCGAGUCGACAUUCAUUCUUAGACAAGUGUCACAGAGGAAGGACUGUCGACGGCAAGGGAAAGACAGCUGUACCUGAUGUGGCUGAGCUGAAAGAGGGGAGCAUUAUAGGAUCAUCAGAUCCUUACCAGAACGAUACAAUUCCAGCAAUGCAGUUAUUAUCCUUGAUGGAUCAGAGAGUUAAAUCGGGCCCUUCAUACAAAGUUGGUUCCGUCAAUAAGCCCUUGUCUUCCUGCAAGCACCACCCGCGUCUAAAUGGAAAGGAGAACCACAGCUUCCUUCGCGGGUCGUACUUUCCUCAAAACGGCAGUUCUUUGUUAAGAUAUGGCGUUUAUUCCUCUGGCGAAAGCUCUUUCAGAUCUUCACCUAAUUUAAGAGUACCUCAAGAGGUCAGAAACUCAAGAACCACUCUCUUGGACGGACCGGAUGAGCUUGAGAGACGAACAGCAAGAAGUAAUGAAGCCUUUGGUGAGUGCACUCUCAACAGGAAUCCUGCAGACUUCAGCUUUCCUCAAGUAGGAAACGAGUUCACCAUAAGCGCAAAAGAUUUGAGGCCUAGGAAGAAGAGGAAUGGUUUGAAAGGAAAGUCGCGGUUAGGGAUUGUCGAUGGCAGGAAAAGACAAAGAAUGGCUCGCAGGAAGAACGAGUUAGAAUGCUGAUUAUAAUUUGUAGUCCGCGCAUAAAAUUAUAUGUAUGUUGUUAUAAGUAGACCUCUUGCUUCGAAUUCGUUUUGGUUUGUGUUUAGUACUCACAGUAUCUGGUUUUUUUGUUAGUUUCAUAUACAAAACUCUACUUCCAAAUA